AUGGUGCCUCUGCUGCACGAUGGCAUGACGCCUCACGUCACGGACAAUGCAGUCGACUCAGGGACAUUCGAAGUGACCAACGAAAUACAACAGGGCUUUGUAUUUACAUCUACGCUCUCCAGUCCCGUGUUCUCUGUCAUGCUGAUGGACACCUACUGUGACGAAAGGCCCCCGAUCCACGCAAUCUGCUGGACGGACGGCCAACUCUUGAAUCGGUGGCGGAUGCAUUUCGAGUCGCAUAUGUCCGCAACCUUCAUCCAUCGACUUCUCUUUGCCGACGACUGCGACCUCAACGCCAUCUCUGAAGGGCACAUGCAAAGGCAUAUGAAUCUCUUCGUCGUUGCCUACGACAACUUAGGCCUGGUCAUCACCAGGGACAAAACGGUGUUCGUGCACCAACCCUCACCGAACGCUGAAUACAACAAUUCUCAGAUCCUUGUUAAUGGCAACCAAAUCCAAACCUUAGACAGCGUCGUCUGUCUACGAAACACAAUCUCGUGUUGCGCAAACAUCGGCGAUAAGGUGGGCCGCCGGCUCUCCAAAGUCAUCCAGGCUUUUGGCCAACUGCAGGCCCCCGAGUUGAAUCGUCACGGCCCUCAAAUAAACACCAAACUGAAGUUGCGCAAGCUCGUCGUCUUAAUGACACUCCUGUACGUAGCGGAGACCUGGACCGUUUACGCGAGUCAUGCCAGGAAGCUCAGCCAAUUACAUGUCAGCUGUCUUCGCAGAAUAAUGAAGCUGAGAUGACAGGACAGGACAGGAUCUCGGACUCGGAAGUCCUGGAACGGACCAGAAUCCUAACUAUCCAGGUCAGAAUGAGGCAACAGCAACUGCAAUAGAUCGGGCAUCCGGUGAAAAUUGACGACGCCCGACAACUAAGACAACUCUUUUAUGGAGAUGUCGCGAGGGGUGAGCUACAUAAACAUUCUGAGUACUUCCUUGAAGCUCCUAUAGAUCAACCUGACUCACUGUGAAGACUUCGUCCGAAAUCAACCAGCCUGGAUUUGGGCAGUGAAGACAGGAUCGGCGAUCUACGAAGCCAACUGCAUAACCGCCACCAAAGCCAAACGUGAAGCUCGAAAAUCCCCACCUCGCAACCACAACGCUCAACCGUCCCUAACAUGCUCUCGCUGUCGACGAACGUCCCAGGCACAAGUUUAUCUUAUUGGACAUUUUUACCCAAUUCAGCACCCGGACAACACCACCCGGUGCCUCCCGGACAUUUCUGCCCCAUCCCCCACGUCGAUAGUCAACCAUAACCGUUCUUCUGAUUCCCCGUCACUAUCCUCCAACAUCUUCCCUGCCUCAACAUCUGAUGCGGUGGCCCUUGCCCCAUUACCACUGCAAACAAUCCUGACACGCUGUCAAAAAUCAAUCUCGCUACCUCUCACACAAACGACAUUGAUUCGGUCCAUAGUUGUCCUCAUUGCGAUCGCAGCUUUACCUCAUACAUCGGCCUGGUCGGUCAAUUGCAAUUGCAUCGCACAGAAACUGGCGAAGCAGAGCCUGGGGCAUCAACCUAUACUCGUCGCAUCCGCCUCUACUGCCCUCACUGCCUGCGAGCAUUCCACCACCGCAUGGACCUCAUAGGCGGCAUGCAAACCCAUGGAAACCUGCGGCAGACAACCACCGACCAUAAUACACCCUCAUACCUCCCUCCACCAGCACCUUCAACACACAACAAUAUCACCCAGCGCCUCACAACGCAAUCACUUCAUUAACCAAAAUCGACGAUGAAAUGGCUCGCCGGAUUUCCAAAGCAAGACAAGCAUUUGGUCGUCUGUAAAACGCGCUUUGGAAUCAACAUUGUCUCCACAUCAGCAUCAAACUGAAGAUGUUAAUGACCGUCAUCCUUCCUGCGCUGCUGUAUAGAGCGGAAACCUGGGUGUUGGAUAAGAAGUAAGCACGAACACUCAACCACUUCUACUUAAACUGCCUUCGACGGAUAUUGAAACUGAUGUGACGGGACCGGAUCCCGGACUCGGAAGCCCUCUAACAGACCGGAAUCCUCAGCAUCCACGCAAUGCUGAGACAACUGCAAUUGCACUGGAGCGGCCUCCUCGUGCGAAUGGACGACGAGCGGUUACCAAAACGACACUUCUAUGGAAAUGUCGCCACGUUUUCCAGUCGACAAUUAGGUCGAGUCUGGCGCUACAAGGAUGGUCUGAACAACUCGACGAAGCACCUGCAAAUCAACCCGACCAACUGGAAAGACCUCGUCCUGGACCGACCGACCUGGCGGAGAGCCGUGAAGACAGGCGCAGCGACCCACGAAGCCAACCGCAUCAUCGCCGUCAAAGUCAAACGUGACGUUCGCAAAUCUCAAAUAGCCCGCCCCCGCAACGCCAACUCCCAGCCGCCCCUGACCUGCCCACGUUGCCGGCGGACGUUCCGGGCACAACUCCGUCCCAUUGGGCAUCUUUCUACCGACUGCGGCACCCUAACAGCGCUACCUGAUGCCCCGGUUCACCACUGCCUCGCGUCCCACGCCGACAAUCAACACUGA